AUGACUACUAGAGCUGCGGCGCAAGUGCAGAUCUUCCCUGGGAAGGGACUAGGAAUAGCCCUGGGCGCUUCGCUGCACAACGUCCUCACUCGAGUCAAGUCUCAUCCCCAGACCUACCCCGCGAUCGACCUUGCAUACUCCUCGGCGGAUCCCGUUCGCAAGCCGGUUGUUUUGCAGCUGCCGUCAAAUGGACUGCGCCUCAGAUUUGAUGGACCUGACCAGCGGCUGCGUCUAAUCGAAGUGCUGGACUUCUCCCGGGUGGAUCUGGUCUACAAGAACCAGGAUGUGCUCAAGGGGGCAAAGACCUCCGACCAACCGAUUUCGAAGCAAGGUCCCAGCUUCCGCCAUGUGUACAACCGCCUAUUUGGCCCGUCAUAUCCCGGUGAAUAUGUGCCGCCGGCCGAUCAAUCGCCAUAUGGCACAUAUGUGCUAUCGUACCCUGGUGUCGCGUUCUCGUUCCCUCUUCAACACUCGGCCUGGUCCGACCAGUGUGACUUUGUAGCGCUGCUCUCCUCUUCAGCAGCUUUACCAGCUACUUCUAUGGCCAUUUUUCAAGGGAGCUCCUGGCCCGAAGUUCGAGCCAGGCUGUUCACCCAGUCGCCUCAAUAUCCGCGCUCGUCCGCCUUGAUUGGCAAGUCUCGCGAGUCACUCGCUGACGAGAUCGAAAAUUUCCGGGUUCUCGGUGCGGGGAAGCUAGAAGUUGUCCGACGCUCGAGUCCCCCGUUGUCCAUUACAUUGGGGGACACGAGUCCUCAGGAUCUGAUCGCUGAUUUUGGGCCUCCGGACGCCAUUCAUCGUAAGAAUGAUCGGCGAAUCUCAAUUCACCGCGCCACCGGCAGUGGGGAUCAUUUGCACCUGAGUCCAUCUCCGGGUAGAGGAAUUGACAUUCCUGAUACCGACCACUCUUCCAAUAAUAGCGUGACUGAUGAUUCGGAUGAGGAAAUCUCUUCGAGCAACAUUGGAGAUCCAAGCUCGCUGCCCACAGAAUGCUUUUUUAACUACUUCCACCAUGGCUUCGACGCGUUUAUCUCUCACCCAACCACGCCGGGGCCUGCAUUUCCGGGCUCUGACGAACAGGAUCCACCACCCCCACCUCCAUCCUCACAGUUGACAGUAACUAAGAUCAUUUUACACGGCAACGUGCCCGGGUCAUACCCGUUCAACCGGCAUCGGCGAAGUCGCUGGACAAUUCAGCUCGAUGGCCCAGGCGGUUGUCUGUCCUCUGAAGCGUCCUAUGACGAGAUCUCGGAGCGAUUGCGCGCUCUUUGGAAAGGCUCUUAUGCCAGUUCUGCCGAGGAGCAUGCUUUGCAACGCCCCAUGGUGCUCAACCGGGGUUGGGGAGAGAGUCCCGAGAGCAGCGUAGAAUUUCUAGGUGGUUGGGAAGAAGGCACUGCGAAGGGGCCUCGAGCUGGAUCAGACGGCCAGGACGGCAGUCUCAGGAACACAGAGCUCUUUGGGUUCCCGGGGCUUCUCUUCGAAGUCCUGAAGAACGGCGCCGUUAGCUGCCUUACGGUUUAUUGA